AUGAGCGAUCACGGUGAUCAUGAUCGAGAUGAUGAUGAAUUGCAUGUUCCAUCGUCUCGAGAAAGACAAAAUAGUCAUAAUGAUGAUAGCGGUAGCAGUCAUUCUCAUCGAUCAUCGAGCAAACGUCAUUCAAAAUCAAGUUCAAAAGAUUUAUCUGGUAUUGGUAAAAAAGUAGCUGAAAAAAGUGGUGGUCUUUUUUCACCUGAAGAUUGGAUGUGUAAAAGUUGUGGAAAUAUUAAUUGGGCACGUCGAACGACUUGUAAUAUGUGUAAUAUGCCAAAAUUUCAAAAGGCUGAAGCACGAACAGGUGCUGGUGGUGGAUAUAAUGAACGUGAUAAUGUUGAAUAUAAUGAACGUCAUGAUGAAUCAGAUGGCGAAUAUGAUGAAUUUGGACGUAAGAAAAAGAAAUUUCGUAAUACAACAAAAGAUCACGAUGAAAAAUCAAGUGAUAAAAAACGAAGUACAACUAAUCCGAAAUCGCGAUCGUUGGGAGAGAACGAUGAUGAAAAAGGUGGUGGUGUUGAUGAUGAUGAUGAAGAAGAAGAAGAUUUUGAUGCUUCAAAAUAUGCAUUAGACAGUGGUGAUGAAGAUGAAAAUAAUAAAAAACAUCAAAAAGCAAGUUCAUCAAGUAGUUAUAAAAAAUCAUCUAGUAGCAGUCGUGGAAGACAAAAUUCACGUUCUCGUUCAAAUUCUGCAUCAUCGGAUAGUCGUCGAAGUCGUUCAUCAUCACGUAAUGGUCAUCGUCGUUCAUCAUAUGAUAAAAAAUCUACACAUAAACGUUCAAGUUCACCACUUAGUUCAAAACGAAGUGAUGAUUAUUAUGAACGACGACGAUCAAGAUCUCGUUCACCCGCUAAUUUGUCAAGUCGUAAUCAACAAAAGAGUUAUCGCCAUUAA